AUGGCGCGAGUUCUGGCAUCCUACGGCGACGUUUUCGUCAGCGACGCGUUUGGCACUGCCCACCGCGACAGCGCGACAAUGACUGGCAUCCCCAAGGUGCUCGGCCACGGUGCAGCGGGCUACCUGAUGGACAAGGAGAUCUCUUACUUUGCGAAGGUGCUGGGUAGCCCGGCACGGCCGUUUGUGGCGAUCGUGGGAGGUGCGAAGGUGAGUGACAAGAUCCAUCUGCUGGACAACAUGCUGCAGCGCAUUGACUACCUGCUCAUCGGUGGCGCGAUGGCGUACACGUUCCUGAAGGCGCAGGGCCACAAGAUCGGGAGUUCAAUGUGCGAGGAGGACAAGUUGGAGCUUGCGCGCUCGCUGCUGAAGAAGGCGGAGGACCGCAAGGUGACCCUGCUGCUGCCUGUGGACCACGUGUGCCACACGGAGUUCAAGGCCGUGGAGUCGCCUUUGGUCACGGAGGGGGUGGACAUCCCUGACGGCUACAUGGCGCUGGACAUCGGCCCCAAGACGAUUGAGAAGUACGUCGAGGUCGUGGCGAAGUGCAAGAGUGCGAUCUGGAAUGGCCCGAUGGGCGUGUUUGAGAUGAAGCCGUACUCGAAGGGCACCUUUGCGAUUGCGAAGGCGAUGGGCGAAGGCACGCAGGAGCUGGGGCUGAUGAGCAUCAUCGGCGGCGGCGACAGCGCAAGCGCGGCGGAGAUGAGUGGGGAGGCCCCACGCAUGUCACACGUGUCGACGGGCGGUGGCGCGUCGCUGGAGCUGCUGGAGGGCAAGACGCUCCACGGCAUCGCCGUGCUGGACGACAAGGAGUAG